AUGGCCACUAAAGCGUCCCCAAUUGAGAUAGAAAAGAAGCCCAUUAACUUCUCUAACAUUUUGUUAGGGGCUGGUUUGAACAUGGCAGAGGUCACCACCCUCGGUCAGCCACUUGAAGUCACUAAAACCACAAUGGCAGCUAACAGAUCUAUUUCAAUGCUCCAAGCAAUUAAAGUUGUUUGGUCUAGAGGUGGUGUCCUUGGAUUCUACCAGGGUUUGAUUCCUUGGGCUUGGAUAGAAGCUUCGACUAAAGGAGCCGUUCUUUUGUUUGUUUCUGCAGAAGCUGAGUAUCAGUUCAGAAGAUUGGGCACUAGCAGUUUUGUCGCCGGUAUGGGAGGUGGUGUUUCCGGUGGCCUUGCUCAAGCAUAUAUGACAAUGGGAUUCUGCACUUGUAUGAAAACCGUUGAGAUUACCAGAUCUAAGCAGGCGCAAAGUGGAGUACCACAACAAACAACAUUCCAAGUCUUCAAGGAGAUCUACAAGAAGGAAGGUAUACGUGGUAUCAAUAAAGGAGUCAAUGCUGUCGCCAUUAGACAAAUGACCAAUUGGGGAUCUAGGUUCGGUUUUUCAAGGUUGGCGGAAGAAGCCAUUAAAAACUUGACUAACAAAGGGAAGGACGAAAAAUUGAAUGCAGUAGAGAAGAUCGCUUCCUCUGUUAUUGGUGGAGGUUUGUCGGCUUGGAAUCAACCCAUUGAAGUCAUUAGGGUUGAAAUGCAAUCAAAAACCAACGACCCCAAUAGGCCAAAAAAGCUAGGAGUUGUGAGUGCCUUCAAGUAUAUAUACAAGAAUAACGGUGUUAAAGGUUUGUACAGAGGCGUCACCCCAAGAAUUGGUUUAGGAGUCUGGCAAACUGUCUUCAUGGUUGCCUUUGGGGAUAUAUUUAAGAAGAUGCUUAAUGCAGAUGGUGCUGGCCAUUAA